AUGGAACUGGCUGCUGGAAGGAACGUGUUAUCCAGGUUACACGAGAAGGUUCUGGGAAAAGAUCAAAGUGCAUUUCUGCCAUUGCUCUUGAAUCUCGACGAAAACGAGUGUCGAAAAAGCUUCCCAUUUCUCUUCACCGAUAUCGAUACCUCAGUAGCGCGUGGUAAAUUUCUCUUCAGAAAAAGUGACCAGGACUACCGAGGUCUUGUACAAGGCCGCAUAAAAGAUGGAAAGGUAUACAUCCUCACUGCAGCACCUGACACGCUCCCCGAGAUCUUGCACCAACGCACCGCCAUCCUGUCACAAAUUCACCGCGCACUUGUCACGUCUCCCUCUCCCCUGCCGGACGGCUAUUUCGCCUUUUGUAUCAACGACGUACCGAAGAACAAUACUUGGGCAUUCUCGCGGCCGAACAAGCAAUCGACCUACAACACGUGGCUAAUGCCCAGCUUCGCGUCGUGGUCGUGGCCGAAAGCGAACAUCGGAACUAUGGACGAUGUUCUGGAUCGAAUCGAGGGAGUAGAGGAGGAGCUCGUGGGGAGCGAGAAAGUCGACAAGGCGAUAUGGAGAGGUACGCCAUGGUUCAACCCCAUUGGUUACCCGAAUCUGCGAAAGGACCUGCUCAAAGCCACCAAAGGGAAAGAAUGGGCGGACGUCGAAGCUUUGAGUACUAUUGGCAAUGCAACGAACAGCCUCAAUAUUGAGAGCUUCUGUCGGUACAAGUAUGUGAUAUACACAGAGGGCGUUACAUAUUCUGGAAGACUGCCGUUUCAUCAGGCGUGUGGAAGUGUACUGAUCACGGCGCCAUUAACGUGGAUUACUACGAGUGCGCUGCUGCUGAGGCCCAUUGAGGCGAAUGAUUUGAUGAGUUCGGGCGAGGACCGGCUGAGGAGGCCUGGAGUUCGUCGUAGUGCGAGUUCAACUUCAGGACCGCAAGCUAUGCUCUCACCCGUUUCUACUUGGCAAGAUGCCAACGCAAUCUACGUGCACCCCGACUUCUCGAAUCUCGAGGCGGUGGUCCAGCUUUUGCGCUCGCAUCCUGAAGUUACACAGCGAAUAGCGCAAAAUCAACGGGAGUCGGUGUUCCAACGUGGGUAUCUGAGUCUAGCAGCAGAAACAUGUUACUGGAGGGCGCUCAUACGGGCUUGGGCUACGGUAGCAGAAGUGGAUAAAGAGGAUUGGGAGGUUAACAGAGAAGCGAGGGUACAACAGGCAGCAAGGUGA